AAUUUCAGGCUUCAACCGGGUAACUUUUGCGAAUUCUAUCUCAUCACUUUUACCAGCGUUAACACUCAUUGGUGUAUAACACAAUAUUUUACUUCAAUCGUGUUUGUCUAAUCGCAACGAAAACAUCAUGGUCGCUCUUAUUCUCCGUGUGUGUUUUAUGACAAUCAUAAUAAAUCCAGUAUUCGCAGUACUGCCUCCAUAUAUUAAAACGUGCAAAAAAAGAGACCCGGAUAUUAAUAAGUGUAUAUUAAACUCUAUUGAAGAAUUGAGGGACAAAUUAUCUAAUGGAAUACCCGAGCUCGAUGCACCAGCUAUUGAACCUUUAGUUUUAAAACAUGUUCGUCUUCUCCGAGGACCGGAAGGUGCUAGACUUGACGUCAACCUUACUAAUAUUCAGGUAAAAGGUCCUUCUACAUUUAAAAUACGAGAAUUUAAAGCCGACGUUGACGACGUUACUUUCACAUUCAAAGUCAGUUUCGAAUUACUCAGUUUCCGCGGCAAGUAUGGAAUAAAUGCGCGGCUUUUAUUGCUUAGACUUUCAGGAAAUGGCGACAUUACCGGAAAUUUUACUGGUUAUGAUUCUGAUGUAGUACUUCACGCAGAAAAAGUUAUCAAAAACGAUGACGUGUAUCUCAAUUUUGAGAAAAUGAAAAUUACAAUUAAAAUUGGAAAAGCUGAUAUCUAUCUUUCAAAUCUUUUUGGUGGCGAUCCUAUACUUGGUCCAGCCAGCAAUCAAAUACUCAAUGCAAACAGUAAUUUAUUAAUAGACGAGUUAAAGCCUGUUUUGGAGUCAGCUCUUUCAGAUUUAUUCACAGACGUCGCUAAUAAAAUAACCAACUCUUUCAAAUACAGCGAAUUAUUCCCGGACGAUUAA